AUGUCUGUCACUUCCCCAGAUAAGGUUGUGGACGACGUUUUGGACCGUCUCUGUGUGGAAGAGACGGGAUUGAGCGUUGCCGAGGUCUGGGAGGAGAUCAAGGGCAAGUUCCCGCGGUUUGGGGCGUUUGAGAAGACCCUUGUCUGGAGCUGGCUCGUGCAGGAGAACGACCUGCUGGUGUACAUUGUCACGUCCACCAGCAAGGAGAAGAGCGGCAAGACAACCUACCAAACAGAGACGGUUGACAAGAGCACGAGUCUUGUGGACCUUGUGGACGAGUAUGGCGAGGACAAGCUGCGUAUCGGCGUCACGGAUGACAGACAGUCUUUGUUUUUGCUAGGGGUCAAGAAAGAAAAUAACAACCUGGGCUAUUUUCCGUACGAAUUAUUGCGCUACAUUACGAAGGCCAAGGAAGCCGGCAUCACGUCCAUGGAGCUCAUUAGGCAGUCUGGCCAGGACCGGCGCAGUCUGACGUCCCGACUGCAGACUCUGGAAGACCUUGGCGUGGUGAAGAAGUUUCCUGCAGUCAUCGACUCUGCCAACUCGUACGUCAUUGUGAGCACCAAGUACGAGAAGCAGUUUUCAUUUGCAAAUCUGCGGACCAGCUUCGAGCUCAUGGGCGUUGUGAUGAAGUCUCUGCAGGAAGCCCCGAACGGUGUUCGUGUUCCGUCCGACCUGGCACGGGAGCUGCGUCUGACCUCGAAGAAAGAACGCCGUAUGCUGGCCAAGGCGAUCCGCAACCUGGUGGUGCUGGGCUAUGCUUGUAAGAUAAACGUCGAGCACGAGUCGUCGGGACGCAAGUUCGUGGGGCUGCAGUUUCUCAAAGAGCUUCCACAAACACAGGCUGCACGCCAGGAGCUGAAGUCUGAGCUGGCGUCGCUGGGCCAAGAUCGCGAGGAGGACCAGGACGAGCUUUUUGGCACGGUUUUUGAAAGCAGCACGGACGACACCCCCACAUACAACCCGUUCUUUCCUCUGCAAAACCAGAUUUUCGACACUGUGAAGAGCAGCCCAGGCAUUUCCACCAAGAAACUCAACACAUGCAUCACUGGAAGCCUCUCUGUGAAGUCGUUUAGCAACUACAUUGGCUCCUACGUUUUUGACAAUCCUGUUCCUGAACCGAAUGCCGUGAUACGCUAUCUGCAUCACGAGGGCAAGGCCCGCUACUAUUGCCACAUGAUCCAGUCUGAGUACCUGAAAAGACAGGGCCAGCAAGUUGACGAAGCGCCGCUGGAGUUUGCAAAAACAGAGGAGAAUACGCAGACCAUAGCAGAGAUAAGCGCUGGCCACUACAUUGACCCGUUCCCAAAACGUGUUUCGCUCGUUUUCUUCCCAGACAAAUCGUUCAAAUUUUGCUGGUUUGGCUACUCCGGGCCCGUUUUGAAGAGUCUCGUUUCCAAACAGAGCAAGAUAAAGCAGCUGGUUAUUGGCGAGACGCUGAAGAUUGCUGUAUCGAAGAAAAUACAGCGUAUUGGCCAGCCAAAGCUGGUUAGAGGAGGACACUUUGACGAGUAUAAGGGCCGUGUUGAGAGUCCUGCAAAAUUUGUGCCAAAGGUGGAGGAGCACAUCCCCAAGGCUCUGGAUGCCGAUAUUGAUUUCGGCCCCAGCAGGCGACGUUCUGUACUGCUCCAGAUUAUCGACGAGAGCAGAUGCAUUGCUCUCAACAUGGAGCUCACGAAAAAAUUGUCUGACGCUCUGAACGUGAACUAUCUUGUUGACCGCCGGACUGUCAAGAAAGACGCCGCCGUGCUGCAAAGACAGAAUUUGAUCACGGUAAAAGAGGUGCGGAGCUCCAUUCGCUCCUUCACGCACACAGUCCUCUGUUCCGUGGCAAACAAGCCGUCGCAGGACGACCUCGACGCCAUCGCCCAUUCCGUCAGCUCCAAAUCCGCGUCGGUCAACCCUCGGCUGAGCUCGGCUCCUACGCUGCCCGUAUUCAAGGCCAACGAUUCGCACUUUUUCGAAAUGCCGUCUCAGCUCUUGUCGCAGCUUCGCAAAUCAAACCAGAAAAAAGGUCUUGACACCGCAAAAAGAGUGGAGGCGCGUCUCCGCGCGGCAGAAAGGCCACCUGACUCUAAGAAAAAGCGGCCGCGUGCCUCCAACGACGAGGACCUGCUUGCUCCGCUGAUGGAAUCGAGAAAGAGGAAGAAAGUCUCCACACGUCAGAAGACGCAGUCGUCCUCGACGGCGCCAACGAAACGUGCCCGGAACAACACCCGUCUGAGCAGCAAGGACGUCAUGCUGCUGAUCCGUGCAAUCAUCAUCUCGCAAUCGCUGUCGCCGGCCAACACCAUCGAUUGGACCAAGGUUUCUGCUCUGUUCCAGGACAGGUACACUUCGGAGGUUUUGAGACGACAGUGGCCUCGCCACAAACGAAUGGUUGGAAUUAGGGCUUUACAGCUGUCCAGGAAGACGUGGGAGAGAAUUUUGAUGUCAGCCAUCACGAACGGUGAUAUUGGCGAGGACGAGCUGCUGGACUACGAUCUGAGCCGGAUGAUUUCUCUCUGGAAGUCUGUGGAUGCAGACUCGUUUGAAAAUACUCACGAUGUGGUUCUUUACCGCAACUACCAGGAAAACUUCAAGGAGCAACGGUGGCGGCCCGAUACUGAUCUGCGUGGACUCGAUGUUUUCAAAGAAGGCACUUCUAUCAUAGAGCGCGAGGAGCAGUGUGCUCGGGCCAUGUUCGCGUAUCCGCUAGUUUCUGAGGAGCCGAGUCGUGAGCCGAGCGGCGUUGAGGAAGCAAAGACCAAGCUCAAGGCCCUGUUUGCGACGGGACCAGACAAGUUCUCGUCUACGGAGGCCAAAAAGGUGUUUUCUUCUACGGAAAAGGAUGUCUAUGCAAAGGCUCUGGCGGAGUUGGAGGAUGACAAGGUGAUUGCCUAUUUGGGCGAGGACUCGCCGAUCAAGUUCACGCUGACCGAGAAGAUCAUGUUUCUGAUUGACUGGAAGUUCACACGGGCCUUUUUCGACCAAUGUGCCGGGUUUGUGGAGAUGAUGGAAACGGCCACCCUGAACAACAAGGGAGUCAUUCUGUCUCCGCUGUCUCCAGAUAGCUGUUUUGCUCCCUUGAUCAAUAUGAUGGCCCAGGCGGAAAUCAAGGUUACGAGAAUCGACCAGAGCCCGCCCAUGCUAAUCGACAACUACUCCACCAAGAGCCAGGACAAGACGAAGCUCGAGAGCGACUUUAUUUUGCACGACAUGCACACGGCGAUAGAUCUGAAGGCGGUGGCUCCGCCAAGCGGGUCGCCGUGCUCGCGUCUCUGGAUCGACCUCAACGGGGAUCUCAACGUGGAAAUCUGGUACAAGACGGUGUGCUCGCUUUUGCGAUGCAUAGUUUUCAGGCCCGGCGUGACGUUCCGUCUGCUGUGUCUGCGGUUUAGUCCUUUGUACGAGCCGUUCGAGCUGAAGCUGGUUCUCGACUGGCUGGUUGCGAAAAAGGCGGUGGUCGAGCGAAGCGGCGGUUAUUGGGCAGGAUCAUACUGGUACUUGACGUUCGAUCGAUAG